UUCGCCACCAACACAUCACCACUGUCCAUCCCGCUGGCUGAAUGUAGCGACGGCAAAGUUUCUUAUUUCUAUCAUCGUGUAUAAAUGUGAAUUCCUUGCAGGGGUUAGUAAAGAAGCCAGUUGACACUCUCAAAAAAGUGUUUUCAGUUCCCGUUUGACCUAAAAACUCCUAAAGUUAUCUCCCACAUCAAGUAAAAAGGUGCUUGCUAGCUAAGUCUGUGAUUCAAAUGACUGAAAAGAACAAGAGCAGCAGCUUGGGAUGUAAGUUGCUGAAACCAUCUCGUCCGCGUUGGCAGCUAGCAUUGCUCUCUCCAUGAUGACCUGUCUCAGAGUUUACCUGCGGGAGCCCCCUGCCAGCUUACCUGAGACAUCGUCCUUCCUCCUCAGUACCCAUGGUCAGCUGAAGCUGUCAGUGAUCCAGGAGCAAGAAGUACUUGUUGUUAGUGUUUUGGAGGCUAGGGGCAUGGCAGAGGAGUGCCAGGGGCCAUGUGACUCUUAUGUGAAGAUUGGCAUGUGCCCAGACAGUGAUCCUAGUGACAGACAGAAGACUCAGAUGGUUCCUCACUGCAGGAAUCCCAUCUUCCUACAAACCUUUUACUUUGUUGUCAGUGAGGGAGACCUUCAUAAGAGACUGCUCUUCACAAUGUGGAACUCUGACUCCACAACAAGGAUGAGUGCGCUGCUGGGUUGCAUGAGCUUUGGUGUGCGCUCCCUUAUGGUCCCGGACAAGGAGGUUCAAGGAUGGUACUACCUACUUGGGGAAGAGCUGGGGAGGAAGAAGCAUCUGAAAGUGCCAACACAACACAACUACAACUCCACUGAGGCUGUGCUGUCAAACCAUGGUGCUGCCCCCGAGACCAAUCGCCCCGAGAAUAUGCAAUGCUUAACAGUGACCAUCCUUCGAGGAAAGGAUGGAUAUGGCUUCACCAUCUGCUCGGAUUCCCCUGUGAGGGUGCAGGCUGUUGAUCCGGGAGGUCCAGCGGAUCAGGCAGGUCUGCAGCAGCUGGACACACUCCUGCAGCUAAAUGGUCAGCCAGUGGAGCAGUGGAAAUGUGUGGACUUAGCCCACGCUAUCAGAAACAGUGCCAAUGAAAUCAUACUGGUGGUGUGGCGCACGGGCCCGUCAGCUAAGCCGAAUUUCGAGGGCCUCAUCCAUCGGCCCUCCUAUAAGCCGUCCGCCUCAAACUACGACGCCCCCUCACCCCCCACUCGCAGGCGCAUGCCAGAUGUCGGAACCAGCAAAACCCCCCCAGCUGUGCCGCCUCUCCCAGCCCACCACCGUGCCACCGCCACCCGUCGGCUGCUGGUCAACGGCACCGAUGCUGGAAAUAGUAGCGGCGUAGGCAUGGGGACCAUGGGGUGGGGGGCCCAGGGAGGGUCCGCCGAGGAGCUGGACGGGAAACCGCGACACCUCCACCACCCCCACACUGCCACGCUGAAGGGCACCAGGGUGAAGGCGUCAAACGGGGACAACUACAUCAUCCUGGCCCCCAUCAACCCUGGAAGCCAGAUAUUGAGGCCUGUUUACCAAGACAACCAGGGAACAUUAGCUGCCAGGUUAUACCCCACACGGCAGGCCUCUGCCUCACAGCCCCAGGGUGGUGGUGGUGGUGGUGGGGGGACGAGUAGCGGUGGAGGUGGUGGAGGAGGUGGCGGGGGUCUCUCCAGCCGCACUGGCUUCCUACGGCGGUCUAACAACUCCAAGACAACGAAGACGGCGUCCACCUCCACUAACGCCGGUGCACCCAACUACCAACAGCAGAAUGCCAACUUUGCCAAUUACCAGAACUGUACCAUCGUCCGCUCACACACUCCACAUGGAAACUACGGAUAUGUCAAAGUGGCACCCAAGAUCCUUAUCUUCCCCAUCUUUGUACAGCCUCUCGACCUGUGCAGCCGAAGUCUCAUCAUAUCCGAGGAGAUGAUACUACAUGAGAGCAAGCACCACUCUCUCAAGGUUACGGUGUUUGUCUACAGCGACCUGAUGCUGGUGACGAGAGAAGACGAGCCAGGCAGGUGUAACGUCCUUCAGAGUCCCCUGUUCCUCCGGCAGCUGAGGCUUCAGGACGAUUAUGCCGAAGAACUGAGAUUCUACCUUAUCCACAUGACCGAGAAGUGUGACUGCCUGCUCAGCCUGGAAGCCUAUUCAGCAGACCAGAAGCGGCGUGUGUGUCAGUGCCUGAAGGACAACAUUGACAAGCAGCUCCAGCCUCACAGGAGGGAGCCUUCCUAUCCGCAUUUCGAACAGAUGUUGGAGCCUAAGGUGGAUGCCCCUUCCUGUGAGCUGGGCGGAGUAGGAGGAGAUCGAGGUGGCGUGUGCCUCCACCUGCCUCCCCGUAGCUCAGAAGGUGAGGAGAGCAGCCUGUAUCCCUCCAGUCCUUCAGAGCCUCCAACCCUGGGCAGCCCUCACCCCUCGGAGCCUCUCACCCCUCUGGAUGAGAUCUACAUGCCUCUCGGGGGCCUGGUGGGAUCCGAGGUGCCUCCCACACCGCCUCCUUCCACCGAGGGCGAGGACUGGAGGAGCAUGGAGGGGAACGAGAUGGAGCUCUGGAGAGAGGCGAACGCUUUGGAGAGCAGGAGAGAGGAAGAGGAGGAUUAUGGGGCAAGCAGGCAGAGUGCCGGGAGUGAGGGGGAAGAGAGAGAAGGAGGAGAGGAGGACGAUGGAGAGAGGAACGAAGAAGAGGUCAACCUAAAUCUGGUGGUGUCAAACACGGACGAGGAGAACGCCUCGGAGCCCCUGGACACCAACGCUCCCCCUUCCUCCUCCUCAUCCUCAUUUGUCAUCCCCGAGCUGCGCCUCGAUCGCUCCUUCAGCGCCGACGCCCUCUCCUCACCCAACACGGACGAAGAAGAGUACGACGAAGAUGACGACGAUGAGUCAGACGACGAGGACGAGGAAGACGACAGCGACGACGCCUACCUGCAGCGUAGCGACAGCAAGCGCCGCAGCAUGGUGGAGGGCGCCACCUGCGAGAAGCACGGAGGAGGGGGGCUCAGCGUGCAGAACUCCCUCCGCAGGCGCACCCACAGCGAGGGGAGCCUCCUGCAGGACCCCCGCACGCCUUGCUUCACCUCCGACAACGCCAUCAACUGCCUGGAGGUGGGCGGGGUGCACCACAAGGGCGGCUGGACGCUCCCAUCGCCUAAAACCCUGAAGAAAGAGCUGACCAAGAAUGGAGGCUCCAUGCAUCAGCUGUGUAUGCUGUUCUCUGGGAGGAAGCUGAGCUCCGGAUCCCCCUGUAGCUGCGAGGUCGACCCCGACGGAACAAAGAAGAAGAAAUCCAAGAACCUGGCCAAAGACAUGAAGAAUCGGCUUGCUUUCCUGCGGAGGAGGAAUGAAUCCCCAGGAAGCAACCCAGCCGGCAAGUUGGACAAGUCUAUGAAGUCAGUCAAGCCUACCCCAGAGGAGGCACUGAAAUGGGGGGACUCGCUUGACAAGCUGCUGACACACAAAUAUGGUCUGGCAGCGUUCAGAGCUUUCCUGCGCACCGAGUUCAGCGAGGAGAAUCUGGAAUUCUGGCUAGCAUGUGAGGAAUACAAGAAGAUCAAGUCGCAGUCCAAGAUGGCGUCGAAAGCCAAGAAGAUCUUUGCAGAAUACAUCGCCAUCCAGUCUUGUAAAGAGGUAAAUCUGGAUUCGUACACCAGAGACCACACGAAGGACAACCUGCAGAAUGUGACACGCUCCUGCUUUGACCUAGCGCAGCGGCGGAUAUACGGGCUGAUGGAGAAGGACUCAUACCCCCGCUUCCUGCGCUCAGAACUCUACGUGGACUUAAUCAACCAAAAAAAGGCCAGCUCCACUCCGACUUCGUCUUCGUCAUAAGAAGAGAAAAAGAUCUAAGUCGAAGAGAAACUCGACGAUGAGAGAAAAAAAAGGGUCAGACUUGAAAAAAGUAGAGUGGUUGGGUGGUAUGUGAGGGUCUUUGUUUGCCUUUUUUUUUACAUUGUUUUUGUGUAUGUCAUCCUGUCCACUAUUUUUGUUGUUGUUACGGUGUGAGAGGACUCGGCAAAAGCUAUGGCACUGCAAAGGAAUGUAGUUUACACAGUUACCAGGUGGAUGGAUGGAAUGAAUGGACGGAUGAAUGGAUGGAUGGAUGUUACUAAAAACACAGACGCCCACAAAGCGAGGGGGGCCGGAGCAGGAGCUGGACGCUCGUCUGAUCACUGUCUCUCUUUUUUUUGCGGUGUCGGUGUCUUUUGCUCGUGUUUUUAAGUUUUUGUCCAGUUGUACUGGAGAAAAGGAGGGGUUGCUCAGAAAACCCCCGCAGACAUGAAGACAGUCCGGUACUGUUUUGUCACUUUUUUUCUCUCCUUAAUUUCCUUUUAAAAAAUCCCCCUCCUUUCCUCCACCAUGUUCUCUGUGAAGCCACUUCAAAGCUGUUGGUACGACACAAAGUCCUUUUUUUUGUCAGGCUCUAAACUGUAUGACUGAGAGGGGGGGGGGAUAAAAAAAAAGAAACAAGAUGUCUGAAUGCAAGCUAGCGUUAUGGCUCUGUUUCACACGCAUCCCUGUUUUAAACACCCUCUCACAGCUUCUAUAAACAGCUUAUUCAGUUCAUCUGUGGAAAAAGCGUUCAACAGGGGGACAAAGACGGAGACAGCGACGGGGCAAAGAACACACAUAACGGAUGGACUGUGAUGAAACGCAGAUAUGUGUCACUCGCACAUUAAAAAAAGACAUUAAAAAGCCAGUAAUGGAAGAAAAAGACGACUUGCUUCCUGUCUCCAAAGACUGUUUACAACAAGGAACGAAAACUGAAGAAGAAAAAAGUUCUGUGCAGCCAAACGACAUUUUCCUUUAACAUUGUAGCUCAUUCUGGACUAAUCGAGGAAGCAUUCUCAGGGCAUGACAGGUUCCCGCUUGGUUUCUCUUCUGUUUUUCUACACACUCACUGUUUUUAUAUGCUUUAGGGUUCCAACCUGCACUCCUUAGUUCUCCUGAGCAAUACACAAGAGGUUGCUCGUUUCGUAGUCGGAGGAAAAAAAAGAUGCUUCACGUUGUACAAAAAAGUUUGCCUAUUUAUUUAGAUUAACUUGCUGGAUGCUUCUACAGACACCCUCACCUCCUCUAAAGCACUCAGCUAAAAGCUCUCACUUUUUCCUCUUAACCACCAAACAGGUCCAACGCUGUCCUGUCCUUUAAGUGCAAUAUUGUUUUUUUAUUUUAUUAUUAUGUUUGUUCAUUUAUUUGGAAUCGUUUUGAAUUUGUAUGGGGAAGACGAACGGCUUGAGCUCUGUAUUAACUUUAUUCGUUAAGAGAAAAAAAAAACAACGUAGAGCUAUAAGGUUGACUUACAACGUAAACUUUCAAGAACCAUAAGUAGUUUAAUGAAUUUUAAGCAAGUGAUUCUAACUGUGUUAAACCUCCUCGGCAGCAGGCAGCUGGGGGGGGCGUUAUGGUUGUAAAUAUAAUUCUUUAAGAAAACUAUGUGAUAACACAUUAAAAACAAACAAAAACAAACAACCUGUAGGUCUCUGCUGGUGAAUGUGGGACCCAGCUGUAUCUAUGUAAAUAUGAGAGACUCAAAACUAUAAGAUGACAUGUAUUGUUUUAAAAAAGAAAAAUGAGCAAGAGCAGGUUCAAUCUGCUCUUUCCCCUGGUCAUACACUGCUUGUAAGGAGUUUUCUGAAAUGCAUUUUAUCAUUUUCACUGUUUACAAUUCAAAAAUGCAUCUCCUAUGAUAGCAAGUGAAAACAGUAGAGUACAUUUGGUGUCAUUGCUAAUGAUAAAUAAACCAACCAACUGAUGAAGUAA